UACCAAGUACAUCCUCUAAGUGCGCACGAUCUUUGCAAGUGACAGGACUUUCGUGGAGGACCACUAGACAGUACUAUCGUUGACCUUCUAUACAGUCUUUACUCGCUCACGAUCGCCAGCUGUGACCCCAGUCAUGCCUCCAAAGAAGCAGAACGCACCCUCAGGUUCGAAGGUUAAGGAUGACAAGACUUUUGGCAUGAAGAAUAAAAAUAAAUCUGCCAAGGUCCAGAAGCAGGUGCAGAUCUUGCAGCAGCAGCAAGCUAUGACCGGAAAGUCCAAGGAAGCGAUUGCAAAGGAGAAAGAAAAGGAACUGCGCGAGAAAGCGAAAUUCGAGGAGGAGAAGCGCAGGAAAGAGGAAGCUGCUUUGUUCAAGCCUGUUCAGACACAGAAAGUUACCUUUCGGAGUCGAUCCCAAACGGUGCUUUGCGCUUUCUACAAAGCCGGAAACUGUGAGAAGGGUAAUAAGUGCAAAUUCAGCCAUGACCUCAAUAAUCUGUAUGAAGAUAGCAGGGAAGACCAGAUGAAAGAUACUAUGGAGAACUGGGACGAAGAGAAGCUACGGAAUGUAGUCCUAUCGAAGCACGGCAAUCCUAGAACAACGACAGACAUCGUAUGCAAAUUUUUUAUCGAGGCCAUCGAGACUCAAAAGUUUGGGUGGUUCUGGGAAUGCCCUAAUGGAAAUGAAAAGUGCCAAUACAGGCAUGCUUUACCUCCUGGGUUUGUGCUCAAAUCGGAGCGCAAGGCAGCCGAAGAGGCAGCGAAAUCCAACAUUAUCAGUCUGGAAGACUUCCUUGAAAUUCAGCGCCACAAACUAGGGUCAAAUUUAACUCCAGUCACUCCAGAGACUUUCGCGAUAUGGAAGAAAACUAGAAUGGACAAGAAAGAGGCCGAGGUAGACGCAAUGCGGAAAGCGAAAGAGACGCAGCAUGCGGCUGGUAAGAACUCAGGCAUGAGUGGACGAGAUUUGUUCCAAUACAAUCCAGAAUGGUUCGAAGACGACGAAGAAGAAACCGAAGACUGGGAUCUAUCGGUAUACCGUCGGGAGCAGGGCGACUCGGAAGAUGUUGCAAGGGUUGAAGGCGACGUUCAAAACGUCAGGAUAUAUGAUGAUGAUGGAGAUGGCGAUUCUGGGGGGGCAUUAUCGGAUGGCACGUAGUAUAUUUUAUUGUGUGCUUUGCUUCAGGAAGUCAUAUGCAUUCCUCCUUGUCACUUGACCAUUCCUGAGUCUAUUUACACUCACGCUUGUCGUUAAAAUCCGCUUAAU